AUGUCCAGCAACGGCCAUAUGGAAGAAGUAUUUGAGCUACCGGGAGAACCUGUGGCGAUGCCUCCCUCGAUCCCAUCCUCCGCCAUGGGCAAAACUGGCAUUAACCUGAAAGAUGAUGGCCGCGUGGAUAUCGACUGGGACUCAAAAUUUAUGCGAGGCUUUUCUAUGUUGUACACUGGUCCACUUCGAAGACGACCUGCGACACCACCGCCCGAAUACACAGAGCUGCCCACACAAGUCAUCGACGCUACAAGUAACCGUGGACAACCGCCCAGAUAUCCAGAGCCCGUCACAGAUAAUGAAAAAGUUUGGAACGUCAAACUGAACAUUGUCAUUCAAGUGGUGGGAAGCCGAGGCGAUGUUCAACCAUUCAUUGCCCUCGGAAACGAACUGGUACGGUACGGACACCGUGUGCGACUGGCUACUCAUGAUGUAUUUGAAGGUUUUGUCAGGGACUCCGGGUUGGAGUUUUACCCGAUUGGUGGCGAUCCAGCAGAGUUGAUGGCUUACAUGGUCAAGAACCCCGGCCUCAUCCCCAGUAUGGAGAGCUUGCGAGCAGGUGAAAUCCGCCACAAACGUCUCAUGAUCCGGGAGAUGUUGGAGGGGUGCUGGCGAUCAUGUAUCGAGCCGGACCUGACCACACACGAGCCUUUUGUCGCCGAUGCGAUCAUCGCCAACCCACCCAGCUUUGCACAUGUCCACUGCGCCCAGGCGUUAAGCAUCCCAGUACAUCUGAUGUUCACUAUGCCCUGGAGUGGUACCGAAGCUUUUCCACACCCGCUGGCGAACCUGAACUCUGACGAUACAAACCGAAGCUUCAAGAAUUAUGUCUCCUAUGAAGUGGUCAACUGGCUUACGUGGCAAGGAGUAGGCGACGUGAUAAACCAAUGGCGGAAAGAACUUGACUUAGAUGAAGUGGCUAUGUUCGAAGGCCCCCAUCUUGCAGAGAUGUUGAAGGUCCCAUUUACAUAUUGCUGGUCCCCGGCUCUCGUUCCCAAGCCGUCAGAUUGGCCGUCUUAUAUUGAUGUCUGUGGUUUCUUCUUCCGUGACUCCCCACAAUACGACCCCCCAGCUGAUCUGCAGGCCUUCCUCGCAUCCGGUCAGCCACCCAUUUAUAUUGGCUUCGGCAGUAUCGUACUGGAAGAUCCAGAAAGGAUCACCGCCACAGUUAUCGACGCAGUAACUGCAGCUGGCGUGCGGGCGAUUGUUUCCAAAGGCUGGUCCAACUUGGGCGGGACACACAACGAGAAUAUUUAUUUCAUCGGGGAUUGUCCUCAUGAAUGGCUAUUCCAACAUGUGGCGGCUGUCGUGCAUCACGGGGGCGCGGGUACGACAGCUUGUGGUUUGCGAAAUGCCAGGCCAACAAUUGUUGUUCCCUUUUUCGGAGAUCAGCCGUUCUGGGGUGCUAUGGUCGCUGCAGCCGGUGCUGGUCCUGCUCCUAUUCCACAUCGAGAGCUUACUGUUGAUGCGCUGACCGAAGGCAUACGGUAUUGCCUUACAGAACGAGCCGCGACAGCAGCCUCAGCCAUUGCAGCUAAGAUGGAUUCGGAAGCCGGGGUCCACGCCGCAGUUGUUUCGUUUCAUCGGAACUUGCCUCUCAAGCGACUACAGUGCGAUCUAUAUCCAGGGCAGCCCGCAGUGUGGUCUGUAUCCAAGGGCCACAGAAAAUUCAAGGUUUCAAAAAUCGCAGCGGAGAUAUUAGUCGCCGAGGGGUUGAUUGACAGAAAAAACCUGGUUAUGCAUGCAAUCAAACCAAUCAUGAUCGAAAAUCGUCGGUGGGAUCCUAUCUCGGGCGGGGCUUCCGCCGUGAUGGGCACCACAACCGACCUCACUGCGUCCAUUUUAGGGACAUUUUACAAACCUUUUGAGGAGUAUCAAGCCUAUCACGACACGCGCAGAGACCGUCCCUCGAAUAGCAGGUCUAAUCAGGCCGCAAAAGGACCUGCAAGUAGCUCAUCUACCGGGAGCGUACCCUUGCGGACGACAAAUUGCGGAGAGUGGCAGGAGACACCAUCCGGUCCGGGGGAAACAUCGGAUCAUCAUAAAACUAGGCUUGCCGGUAGGAUGGCAGGAGCAUCUAUUAAGAGCUUGGGCAGCUUUGUCCCAACGGCCCUUAAGGGCAUGACUGUUGAUAUCCCUCUUGCUAUGACUGAAGGAAUGCGCAAUCUACCCCGAUACUACGGUGAAGAGCCCCGAGGUCACGGCUCUGUUACCGACAUCAAAAGCGGCUUUACCGUUGCUGGCAAAAGUUUCGCGUGGGGGAUGGCGGAGGCGGUCAGCGACAUUGUCGUCAAGCCAUACCAAGGCAUGCAAGAGGAUGGUGCGAAGGGCGCUGUGAAAGGCAUCGGCAAGGGCAUGGCAAAUAUGGCUUCUAAAGCUGGUUGUGCUAUGUUUGGAGUCCUAGCCUAUCCGAGUGCUGGUAUUGCGAAGAGUCUGAAAUCGUCGAUAUACUGUAAGACGAAGAAGGAAAUUGCCAAAGCGCGCCAUAACGAGGGGGUAUGGUUGUUGGCGAACGGCCAGUGCACACAACCGAAUAAUGUUGUUACCACGUUCCAAGGACAGCUCAAGGGUAACAAAGGCUGA